AUGGCUUCGAGACGAGAAUCUUCUAAUCGUCAACAUAAAUUUUCAUUAUUAAAUUUAAGUGCGAAUGAAAUAUAUUUUGAAGAUUAUGCAGUUUAUUGUCAAAAGCAAAACUUAAAACCAUCCAAUGAUAAAUUAUUGAAAAUUUCUCAUGAGACGGUAAAUGAAUCAAAACAGAAAGGUCGUCUAAAAGUUUGUUCAAAAUCAUUAGUAUUUGUUCCAAAUGAUAUUCGUCAACCGAUGAUUAGAAUGACCUAUAAACUAAUAUCAAAAGUAGAAGAUUAA